GGUGAAAAUGCCAACGGGAUAUGUGGUGAGCCUUUGCCGUGCGACAGUCAAGACAGUUCAAGAAACGUGCCGAACAGUCGAGAGGUUGUGAUGAUCUCAUAACGGAAGGGCAGCUGUACGUUUGUUGAAAGUGACCUUUUAACUGAAGUGUGUACCUCCUACCCCUCCGGGUGCGUGUGUGUGUCUGUGUUUGUGGUGUGAAAGCCCACAGCGAGAGAGAGAGAAGGAGCACGAGAGACACUAAGUACCAACCAUUAGAAUUGCCUACGAUACCCCCCCUCCGCACUUACGGUGGGUGUGUGUGUGUGCACGCGUUUGUGUGGUGUGUGGACAAUAUCUGUUUUCGUAAUUCAGCAGUCGUCUCAAUCUCUGUGCAAAAACACAUCCACCACCACCGUCCCGGUCCGGAAGCAGCAGCCACCAACGUUUCCGGUGUGAACGUGAAGUAGGCGCGUGUGCGUUGUGUGUGUGCGCGCGAGUGCGCUUACCCCCGUGUGCGUGUCGUGUGCGCGGUGUGGGCCACCGCUGCUCGAAGGACGUAUCGCUGCGGUUUGCAAGAUCAACUAAUUCUUAUCGAUCAGUCGAAGGAAGAGCAGAGUGAGAGAGAGUUGUGUGGGGUGAUCAGCAAUCAACACACCUGGUAUAGUCCUCGCGACCCCCUGCGGCUGAUCGUCAAUCAAACAACACACCCAGUACAGAACAGCCAGUUCUUUCUCAAUAUCGUCGUUUUUGGUCGUUUGCGCUACGAUCGACCAACCCGCUUGCGCUUGGUUGGUGCAACGGUGCAGAGUGUGCGGAGAAAGAGCGAGCGAGCGAGCGAGAGAACGAGCGUGCCCUCCGGUGGAAGACGUGCACGUAUCACACCCCCCUCCCCUCUCCAGCAGAGCCGAUAAGAAAGAUCGAGGAUGGCAUUAAAAAGAAUUAAUAAGGAAUUACAAGACUUGGGGAGAGACCCACCAGCACAAUGUUCAGCCGGUCCAGUCGGCGAUGACUUGUUCCACUGGCAGGCAACAAUUAUGGGCCCGCCAGACAGUCCGUACCAGGGAGGCGUAUUCUUCUUAACAAUACAUUUCCCAACAGACUAUCCAUUCAAACCACCGAAAGUGGCUUUUACGACACGCAUAUAUCAUCCAAACAUCAACAGCAACGGGUCGAUCUGUCUGGAUAUCUUAAGAUCUCAAUGGUCUCCCGCCCUGACAAUAUCAAAGGUGUUGCUGUCCAUCUGCUCUCUGUUGUGUGAUCCCAACCCCGACGACCCGCUGGUGCCGGAGAUUGCCAGAAUAUAUAAAACCGACCGGGAAAAAUAUAAUGAACUUGCCCGGGAGUGGACACGAAAGUAUGCUAUGUGAUGCGUUCCAGACGAGACAUUGCUACG